AUGUCUAGCAAUAGUUGUCACGCCAAUGGCGUCUCUCAAAAGCCAUUCGACGGUCUGAUUCGGCAGGUCGCGCAGGCUGCAGAUGCUUUUCAAGAUACUCAUAACGAAGCGGAUCGCUUGGCUGCCCUCCAGGCGGCGCAGAGGCUGGUGGAGGUGUUUCAGAAGCCACAAGAUGCAGUGUAUAAUCUAGCUUACUCGCCCACUCAAGUGAUGUGUGUGCGCAUCGCCAUGGACCUUGGUAUUUUCUCCACGCUCAGUGAGCGGAAUGGUCCAGUUACGCUGGAGGACCUGGCAGCCACGAAAGGGGCAGAUCUAGUCCUGACUGAAAGGGUGCUGCGAAUCCUUGCAGGGAUUGGAUACGUUGCAGAACAUGAUGUACGGGUCUACAUCCCCACAAAGAUGACCAGACAGAUGACAGACAGGCUUAGUGGGGCCGUAAAUGUUAGCUUCGAUAUCGGUAUGCCUACCUUGGCUAAAGUACCCGAAUUCCUGCGUAUGAUCAACUUCCGAAACCCAUCGGGUGCUCUGAAUGGUGCAUUACAGUACGCAGAGAAGACAGAAAUGUCGCUGUGGGACUGGGUGCCGACCAAACCAGGUUUCUUGGACGUUUGCAAUACUUUCAUGGAAGCGGACCGCGGGAGCCGGCCUAGCUGGCUCGAGUGGUUUCCUGUCAAGGAGAGGAUUAUUGACGGAUUCAAAGAGGACGAAAGUAAUGUCCUCUUGGUAGACGUAGCCGGUGGGCGCGGCCAUGAUUUGGUUGCUUUCCAAUCCAAAUUCUCUGGAGUGCAGGGACGGCUCAUCUUGGAAGAUCUGCCUCAUGUCGUGGCUGAGGCUACUCAGCACCCCAAAAUUGAGCUUGUAUCGUUUGACCUGUUCCAGGCACAGCCAAUACAAGGUGCCCGCACCUAUUACAUGAAAUUCAUCCUUCACGACUGGUCAGACGAGGAAAGUCGCCUGAUCCUGAGCCAUCUUGGAGCAGCAAUGAAAAAGGGAUAUUCCAAACUGAUAAUCGAGGAAUUCGUAUUGGCAGACAAGGAAUGUGCGAUGCUGCCAGCCAUGUGGGACUGGGAGAUGUUGAUUUUCUGUAACAGCAUGGAGCGAACGGCUAGUCAAUGGACGAAAGUGCUGGAUUCGGCUGGCUUCAGGAUUGUGAAGUUUUGGGCACCCCCCGGUGACGGACAGAGCAUCAUCGAGGCGGAGCUAAAAGAACCUGCUGAAGACAUGACAUCAGCCCGGUCAAGCCAUAUAUAA